CCUGACUGAGGUUUUGGUCGCCGACACAGUCACACAGACUCUUGUCAGAGAGACCGGAGGGCUGCGCGUCGGACAGGAGGAGCUGGGUAAAGCGCACCGGCUCGGCGCAUGUAUUUGCCCGUUUUUCUUUCCAGCCUUCGAUUCCGCCGCGUCUCGUAUCGGAUGCUGGAUGCAAACCAUCCCCGCGUCAAGAAUACACCUCUGACGGACAAACCAUGGACAGUCUAGGCAGCCGCUGUAAGAUUGUGGUGGUAGGGGACACGCAGUGUGGGAAAACGGCACUGUUGCACGUUUUUGCCAAGGACUGUUACCCAGAGAACUACGUGCCCACGGUGUUUGAAAACUACACAGCCAGUUUUGAGAUAGACAAGCAGCGGAUUGAGCUGAACAUGUGGGACACGUCAGGUUCGUCUUAUUACGACAAUGUGAGGCCGCUGGCGUAUCCUGAUUCAGACGCUGUACUCAUCUGUUUCGACAUCAGCCGCCCAGAGACUUUGGACAGCGUCAUAAAGAAGUGGCAAGGGGAGACACAAGAGUUUUGUCCCAACGCCAAAGUGGUGCUGGUGGGCUGUAAACUGGACAUGAGGACGGACGUCAACACCCUGAGGGAACUCUCCAAGCAGCGGCUCAUCCCUGUCACUCAUGAACAGGGCAGCACGAUAGCUCGACAGAUGGGGGCGGUGGCCUACGUGGAGUGCACCUCCAAGGUUUCAGAGAACAGCGUUCGAGAUGUGUUCCACAUCACCACGCUGGCGUCGGUGCGGCGGCCGCACAAGCCGCAGUUAAAACGCAGCAGUUCCCGCAGGGGCCUGAAGCGAGUUUCACAGCUCCCCCUGCCACCCCUGCCAGGUCGGACUGAGCAAAUGGACCAGGCCCCGGCCAUGAGGAAGGACCGAGCCAAGAGCUGUGUGCUCAUGUAGAGACCCAUUAUUAUAAAUAUAUAUAUGUAUAUAUACAAACACAGAAAUAUAUAACAGAGGAAGUCUAUUUAU